AUGGGGUUCGUCUCCUUCGUCGGGAGGGUGCUCUUCGUCGCCGCUUUUCUCCUCUCCGCCUACCAGGAGUUUAAUGAAUUUGGUACUGAUGGUGGGCCAGCAGCUAAGGCGCUCCAGCCCAAGUUCAAUGUGUUUGUCAAAAAUAUCUCUGCUCAUCUGGGAGUAGCUGUGCCACACAUUGAGCUGAAGCAUGUGAUUGCUGCUACAAUUGGUCUUAAGGGUCUUGGAAGUCUCCUUUUUAUUUUGAGCAGCUCUCUCGGUGCUUAUCUCCUGUUGUUUUACCUUGCUUUGAUCACUCCUAUCAUUCAUGACUUCUACAACUACGAUAUGGAGAAGGCAGAAUUUGCGCAGCUCUUUGGGAAGUUCACCCAGGAUGUGGCACUGAUUGGAGCCCUCCUCUUCUUUCUGGGCAUGAAGAACUCCAUCCCGAAGCGGCAGGGCAAGAAGAAGGCCCCCAAGGCGAAGACGAACUAA